AUGCCUGUUCUCAACACCUUCCGCACGGAAAACACGACCGUAUUCACGGGUGCGCAGAUCGUUGCGGCACCGCCAAAACAGGAGGCAAAAUCCGUCCUCACUGCGGCCAAACCCUUCCUCACCGGCUCGAUCGCGGGCUGCUUUUCGACGUGCUGCAUUCAGCCGAUGGACAUGAUCAAGGUGCGGAUUCAGCUGAAUGCGGCCUCCGGCGCCGCCGCCUCGCCCGUCGGCAUCGCCUCCAAGAUGAUCGCCGAGGAGGGCGUCGCCUCGCUCUACGCAGGCCUAUCUGCUGGGCUCACCCGCCAAGUCGUCUACACCGGCAGCAGGCUCGGCUUGUAUGACGUCUUUACCGACAAGGCCAAGGAAGCAAACGGCGGCAAGCCGUUGCCGCUCCACCAGACGGCGCUGUGCGCGCUCGCGGCGGGCGGCAUCGCUGCGGUGGUGGGCAACCCAGCCGACCUCUCCCUCGUGCGCAUGCAGGCCGACUCGAUGCUCCCGCCCGCCGAGCGGCGCGGCUACUCGUCGGUGGUCUCUGCGCUGCUGUCGAUCGUGAAGCACGAGGGCCCGCUCGGCCUUCUCAAAGGAGCUGGCCCGACGGCGACGCGGGCGAUGGGCCUCAACCUCGGGAUGCUGGGCGGCAACACGGAGGCGAAGAAGCACCUCAAGCAGGCGGAGAUAGGCGGAGAGAGAGGAGAUGGCAACGCGCUCAUCUUCUCCGCCUCCGCCAUCGCCGGCUUCUUUGCGAGCGCCUUCUCGCUCCCCUUCGACUACGUCAAGACGCAGAUCCAAAAGCAAAAGCCGGACGCCGCCGGCCGGCUGCAGUACGCGUCGUCUGCCGACUGCGCGCUGCAGACGCUGCGCGCGGGCGGGCCGCUCCGCUUCUACGCCGGCUUCCCAACCUACUACUUCCGCAUCGCGCCGCACGCGAUGAUCACGCUCGUCGCGGCGGACAAGGUGAAGCAGGCGUGGAAGCGGAUGGGCGUCUGA